GGUUCCUUUUUAUUUACCACAAUGGUCGUGGACUGUGAGACGAAGACAAGGGGGUCUCUUCGCACAUCCAGCGAGACUGCAGUCGAUGGACCCGGCUCUCCAAACAGGACUACCCCUCAACCAAAUGGGUGUUCUCCGGUUACUCACCGCCGUUCACGUCACCAGUCUCCCUCAAGCUCUGCAAACCACCAUGUGAGCCCCACACGGAAAGAGUCUGCGACCGUGGAACAUCCUUCCUGUGUGAAGAAAGUCACACCAUUGCCAACGGUGUUGGAUACUGCACCUGUACCCAACUUUAACUACAAACACACCUGCACUGUCCGAGAGUUACAUGGAAGAUCGAUUUUUGGCAUUGAAUUCAAUUCCGCUAAUCGAAGUCGUCCUUCAGAUCCUUUGUUGUUUGCUACGGCUGCAGCACAUUAUAUUACAAUCUAUCAGUGCAAUCUGAAAGUUAACACCUCCGAUCAACACAAUCCAAGUGCCCCUGUUAUCGUUCUCCUUCAGUCGUUUGCUGACCCUGCCGGCGAAGAUGAGGAGUUCUACUGCUGCGCUUGGUCCCGUGACACCAGCGGUAACGUAGCAUCUAGCUGGUGGACUGAUUGUUCGGAGAGUCGCCAGCCGUCCCAAGUUCCCCAUCCACAUCAGGCCCCGAUCACUUAUUCUAGUGCGUCCAUUUUGCCGCCACAUCAACAGCUUGUCGCUGCUGCUGGUAAACGUGGUGUGAUUCGCAUCGUUUGUCCCAGUAUGGCUAGCUGUCCAAUCAGCUUGGUGGGGCAUGGCUCAUCGGUAAAUGAACUGCGCUUUCAUCCGCGCGAUCCAGCUUUAUUGUUUUCAUUUAGCAAAGACUACACGGUUCGUCUCUGGAACAUCGCAAGUCACGUGUUGGUUUGUGUGUUCGGUGGUGCUGAAGGCCAUCGGGCAGAGGUAUUACACGGGGAUAUCUCACUCGACGGGGACCUCCUUUUGACGGCUGGUAUGGACCAUUGCAUCAAAAUUUGGCGUAUCAACACGCCGGAAUUGGCUAACGCGGUGAUCGAUUCUUUUUCCUACCGCACUCGAUCCAACCCGAAGCCGUUCCCCGUGCUGAUCCAGCAUUUCCCCGAAUUCAGCUCACGCGAUGUUCACGGAAACUACGUCGACUGCGCACGCUGGUUCGGUGCCCUUGUGAUUUCGAAAUCUUGCGAAAAUAGCGUCACACUGUGGAAACCUGGAGGUUUGGAGGACACUUCACACGGUCAGACCUCACAACCUAACUGCUCCAGCAACAGUAGCAACGGAGUCACCGAGGUCAGUGGUGUUCGAUUGCCCAGUCGUAUGCAUCCUAUCGGCGGGGGUUCUGCGUCCGGAGCUCUUGCUCAUGCCAUACCCGGAGUCCCGACGGAGCACAAAACCAGCAUUAUUCAUCAGCUAAAAGCUCCCGAAUGCAAUUUGUGGUACAUUCGUUUCGACAUCGACUUGGAUAAUCAAGUGUUGGCUCUUGGGACAGGAACUGGGCCUGCUCGGAUCUAUCUGUGGGAUCUGAAGUAUCCCGAAGUGGCUCUCAAUCUACCAGCCCAAGUACUUCACAUUCCUACGAUUGUCGGAACAGGGUCGAGUGGAAUUCCCCUAAGUCACAGUGCCAUUCGUCAAACUCGGUUCGCUAACAACGGUAGCACGCUUAUAUGUGUCGGUGAUAAUGGGCUCAUUAUUCGCUUCGAUCUUUGCGGCUAAAUCGUUCUGCGGUCGUGUUGCAUUUUGUACAGUCCUAUUAUUCUUUUUCUAUAUGAGGAUUUCCGGUGUCUUUUUCAUACGAUUAUGUAUUCUGUUUUUACUAGGAAUGCACCACAAUCUAUCUCUUUCCGAUAGUUUUUAUCGAUCGAUCACGAUUUGCC